CAAUAAUUAGAAAAAAAAAACCGGAUGGAAGUAGUUUACGGUGGUUAGCAAAAGGUGCGUAGGGCUAAUUCCGAAGGCCUAAUAAUUUGUCCAAGCUGGUCCAAGUAAAGGAUGUUAAUUGUGAUGUGAUGAUUGAAUAGCAUUUCAUUAAAAACAAUUUACUGCUCAUCCUACUCAAUAUGAAUAUUCAUAUUCGGAAUUUUUUACACAAUGAAAGACUUUUUUCUGGAGUAAGAUAUUUUUCGUUCUUGUCUUCACACUUACCUCUUAAAUCAAGUCGUCUUACUUAUCAGAAACGAAUACAUAAGACUUUAACAAAUGCUGGUAGCAAUUUCAACCAUUAUCGAUAUGCAAGUUUAUUUUCAUCUGGUGAUACAAGUGCGUGGAACAGAGCCGUGGCCGAGGCAGAACGGUUGGUUGGUUAUCCUACGUCGUUUUUGAGUCUGAGAACGCUGUUAAGUGAUGAAUUAGCAAACGUGGCACUACAUGUUCGCAAAUUAGUUGGAACAAAUCAUCCUAUAUUAAAAACGGCGAAGUCGUUUGUGUAUGAAGGUAGUAAUCUUCAGACAAGAGGUCUUGUAGUCCUCCUGGUGUCAAGGGCAGCUGGACUACCCUCUGUCACAGAAGAAAAGUCAUUACUAGGCAUUUACCAACGUCAGAGAGCCCUCGCUGAGAUAUCGGAGAUGAUACACACUGCCUAUCUGGUCCAUCGUGGUGUCAUUGACCUGAAGGAUAUUAAACCCGGAGAUGGUUCCCCGGAAGAUCUUGAAUUUGGCAACAAGAUGUCAGUGCUAAGUGGUGACUUCCUUCUGGCUACUGCCAGCCAGGGUCUUGCAAAAUUACAUAAUACAGAGGUUGUUGAGCUUGUUUCAUCUGCUAUAUCAGAUUACACAGAAUCCGAGUUCAUGGGAUUCUCCGUAGACACCAUUAAUCUGCAGCUGACCUUUGCUGAUUGGCUGCAUCAUGUCUACUUAUCCACCGGAAGUUUAUUGGCUAAGAGUUGCCAGGCAGCACAGAUUCUGGCCAAUCACAGUGAAGAUGUGCAAAAUAAAGUAUUUCAAUUUGGAAAGUACUUAUCAGUUGCACAACAAUUGAACCUUGACCUUCAGCCUUUCGUGAACGAAUCAUAUGAGCUUGGUGACGCCUUCAAUCUUUGUUCAUCUGCCGUUCUGUUUCAUAUACAACACAUUAGUCAGACGGGAGAGGUACUUCCCAUGCUAACAGCCAGUAAUACUGAGGACUAUAGAAAGCUUUUUCAAGCUGUUGCUGCUGGGCCUGCUGUUGAUAAAAUGAAAUCAGAACUCCAGCAUUAUGUGAAAGCAUCGUUGGAUUCAAUCGAAGAAUUUGACGAGUCCGAAGCCAAAGAUGCCCUAAACAACAUUGUCCAUUCUUUAUUAGAAUUGUAAUUUAAUAAUCAAGAGUUAUAUAAAUUUUGUAUAAUACGCUAUUUAAAUAUAUUAGGAUUAUCAAAUUUUUUGUACUGCAGCGAUAUUUGAUAUGUACAAAAGUUUAACCAACUACAGACUUAAAUUGGUGUUUUCACUUGGUAUGGCUCCACAAAUAAUAAUGCACAUAAGUUUUAUUAAUAUUUAUACAGUUGGUAUUUUGUUUCAGUUUGGGUUAAUACAGUACUAGCUUGUUGUAUAUCAGAUAUUCAUUUUUAUACACAACAUUUUGUCUCACCAGAAAAUAAAUAUUAAAAUGGGGUCGAAGCAAUUAUUGACAGUGUA